AGUGCGCUGCCAUAGCCUGUCUCUGGCUGCAGGAGAAGAAAGAUCUGUGGUCAGGAGUUAACAGAAGGAAGUCAGUUUCCAGAGCUCUUUCACCAUUGCAGUCUUUGCAAAGUCCUUGUGUUACCGGGGUUCCCUGGGUCCUUGUCUCCUCCCCCAGGAUGCUGAGGGCAGCCCUGUGCACCGUCUUUCUCUUAGGCGCCCUGCCAUCAUUGGCCAAGGAGUCUCGAGGGCAUGUCUCGGUGGUCUUGCUGGGAGCCACGGGGGACCUGGCCAAGAAGUACUUGUGGGAGGGGCUGUUCCAUCUCUACCUGGACCAGGUGAGCAGUGGCCACAGCUUCACUUUCCACGGGGCUGCCCUGACGGCCCACGAGCCAGGGCAGAGGCUGAUGUUUGAGGUGCUGAAGAACCUGGUCUGCCCGUCGGACGUGUCCCCCGACAGGUGCGCUGUGGUCAAGGACCAGUUCCUCAAGCUGAGCCGGUAUCACCAGCUGAAGACAUCCGAGAACUACACUGCCCUGAACCAGGAGAUUGAGACCCUGCUCCAGCAGGAGGGGCUGGAGGAAGCCGGCAGGAUCUUCUACUUCUCGGUGCCGCCCUUCGCCUACGCGGAGAUCGCCCGCCACAUCAAUGGCAGCUGCAGGCCGCGCCCCGGAGCCUGGCUGCGGGUGGUGCUGGAGAAGCCUUUUGGCCAUGACCUCAAGUCAGCCCAGCAGCUGGCCGUCGAGCUGAGGACUUUCUUCUGGGAAGAGGAGAUGUACCGGGUGGAUCACUACCUUGGCAAACAGGCUGUGGCCCACAUCCUGCCUUUCCGAGACCAGAACCGACGGUUUCUGGACCCAAUCUGGAACCGGCACCAUGUGGAGAGAGUAGAGAUUGUCCUGAAGGAGACUCUGGAUGCUAAAGGCCGCACCAGCUUCUACGAGCAGUACGGGGUCAUCCGUGACGUCCUCCAGAACCACCUCACCGAGGUCCUGCUGUAUCUCGCCAUGGAGCUGCCGGCCAACAUCAGCAGCGCCGAAGAGGUUCUCCGGCACAAGCUGCAGACCUUCAAGUCGUUGCAGGGCCUGGAGAGCACCAGUGCGGUGCUGGGUCAAUACCAGGCCUACGCCGGCCAGGUGCGGGAGGAGCUGCAGAAGGCACAGGACUAUGUCAGCACGACGCCGACCUUUGCAGGUGUGUUGAUUCAGCUAGACAACCUGCGAUGGGAGGGAGUCCCCUUCCUCCUCACCUCUGGCAAAGCCCUGGACGAGCGGGUAGGCUACGUCCGCGUCCUCUUCAAGAACCGGGCCUACUGCACCCAGCGCGAGAGCCUGAGGGAGGCGGGGCAGAGCCAGUGUGGACCCAAGCAGAUCAUCUUCUACAUCGGGCACGGGGAGCUGAGCUGUCCUGCCGUGCUGAUCAGCCGGAACCUCUUCAAGCCCAUCAUGCCAGAAGGCAGCUGGAAGGAGGUGGUGGAUCGCCCGCAGCUGCGCCUCUUCGGGCUCCCGCUGUCGGAUUACUACGUGUACAGCCCGGUGAAGGAGAGAGAGGCUUAUUCUGUCCUCAUCUCCAGCAUCUUCCACGGCAGGAAGGACUCCUUCAUCACCACGGAGAACCUGCUGGCGUCUUGGGAGUUCUGGACCCCGCUGCUGGACAGCUUAACCCAGCAGGUCCCGCGCCUGUACCCGGGGGGCCUGGAGAACCAGCACCUCCUGGACUUUGAAAUGGUGGGCAGGGAGCUGUCCUUCACGCUGGAGGAGCCGGUGGAACUGCUGCACCCCGAUGGGCAGAUGCCAAGCGACUACAGAACCAUCCAGGCCAAGUUUCGGCAAAGCCCCUUGGUCUCGGCUUGGCCGGAGGAGCUGAUUGCCCAGUUGGCAACGGACAUUGAGACGGCGGCGGCCAAGGCUGUGACACGCUGCGGCGAGUUCCACCUGGCCCUGUCAGGCGGCUCGAGCCCCAUCACCCUGUUCCAGCAGCUGGCGACCCACCACUACGGCUUCCCGUGGAGACACACCCACUUGUGGCUGGUGGACGAGCGCUGCGUGCCGCUCGCCGACCCGGAGUCCAACUUCCGCAGCUUGCACGACCACCUCCUCCAGCACGUCCGGGUGCCCUACCUCAACAUCCACCCCAUGCCGGUGCACCUGAACCGGCGGCUGUGCGUGGAGGAGGACCGGGGGCCGGAGCUGUACGCCAAGGAGAUCGCAGAGCUAGUGACCAACGCCAGCUUGGACUUUGUGCUGCUGGGGCUGGGCUCCGACGGGCACACGGCCUCGCUCUUCCCGCAUUCGUCCAGCGGCCUCGACGGGGCCCAGACGGUGGUGCUCACCGAGAGCCCCGUCAAACCCCACCAGAGGAUGAGCCUCAGCCUGCCUCUCAUCAACAAAGCCAGGCAGGUGGCCGUGCUGGUGAUGGGGAAGGGGAAGCAUGAAAUCACGACCCAGAUCAGCAGAGUGGGACAGGAGCCCAGAAAGUGGCCAAUUUCAGGGGUCAACCCCAGCUCUGGCCAGCUGGUGUGGUACAUGGAUUAUGACGCUUUGCUUGGAUAAUCUCUUGGUUUACCCUCCCCUCAUGUCUGUCCCGUUACCCGCCUGGAGCCGGGAUUUUCCAACACUGCACACAGGCUCCGGUGUUUACAAUAACAGCUCCUGCUCUGAACAGUCCCUCUAACUUUUGUGAAGAUCCAUGGGCUGUAACGGCUCUGUCAUCUAAGCCUAGAAAGGCGGGGGCGGCUCAGCGCUCGGAGAUCAGCGUUGUGUUCCUGACUCUACCCCUGACUGCUUCUGGGACCUUGGGCAGGUCACGUCGCUGCUCUGUGCCUCAGUUUCCCCCACACACCGUGGGGUUCAUAAUACUUACCUACCUCGCAGGAGCCAUCCGAGACAGCUCUGAUUAAUUGCCUGCAGAGCUCGUCAGGAUUCUCAGAGGAGAGGCGCAGAGAGAAGCGCCGUGUUACUGACUGCUGAUGGUCGCCUCUGAUCAGACAGGCUGACAGAAGCAUUUUCACGGCCCAAUCACAGUCCCAUUCAGAUUGUGCCAACCCUUUCCUUCAGCAAAAUACUGACCAUUUCCCCACUCUUCCUCUGUGGAGCUCUCCUAGUCUAAGGUCUUCUGCUGCAGUUCCUGUUUUAGAGCUCUCCUGUAUUGGCAGGUCUGGGGCCUUGCCUCAUUGUAAGGGCGUGAUUGGGUACAGUCCUUGGGCACUGGAGUUUGCCAGACCCUGCCUGCUUGCCUUGUGCCAUCCACAGGGAUUUGUCUCAUAUUAACCUUUGUCAAUUGCACUGGCCCUGUUAUUGAUUCCGCCUCCUCCCCUUCUUCCCGCCGCCCGCCCCCAAACAAAGAGAAACAACCAGUCCCCUUCCCUACAUGGCUGUGUUUAUGCAGCCCUGGAAGCUGCAGACACCCAGGGACCAUCCCUUGUGUGACCGACACCUCCCCCUCCCUGGCACUGAGCUGUGUGCGGAGGCUUUAGACGUUGUCCUGGUGCACAGGCGUAGUUAUCAGUAGCAAUUGCUGCUCUUCCUAAGUGGGAAGCCAGCACCCCAGGGGGAUGGAAAAGGCAAGGGAUUUUGAGGCUUUCAGGAUUAUGGGGAUUGGGUUGAGAGCAUCGUGGCUCAGCUCCCGUUAUUCUGGAGAUGGCGUUUGUCUGCGGCGUGAUGUUACCGCUGCAGGAAGCUCCCCUUCUCAGAGGAUCAGGGGUGGAGGGCAGAGUUAGCUGCAGAUGGAAUUGGGUUUCCUUAAAUAUCCUGAGGCGCCUUUCUGUUAUACUCCCCGGGAAGAGCCCUCCUCCGCCCUCACGGGCAAGCUGCGGCAUUGUUCAGCAGCUUACGACAUCUCCCCGCGAGGCAGCUGUAUACAGAACUACGGUCUUCAGCAGUAAUGAUCCCAACACCCCAGCGCUUAUGGCAAGGAUACCGGGGCUGUUACUCCAGGGCACUGGCGUGCUGUUGGAGAAGAGGAGGGAGUUUUCUGUCUCCUGGGUGUUUUCUAGCCAAUCCACUGUCACCGUGUAGGGAGGACACGUCCUUUGAAAACAUCGGAGGGGGGUCAGAAGAGCAUAGACCAACUGCACAAAAGCAGGGGGUGCCGUCCUGUUUAGUAAAAAGGGGGAAGAAUCUUUAGAACCCUCUUUCCCCCACUGCCUAAAUUCCACCUUGUCCAUGUGCUGCUCGUCCUUUAUAUAAGCCUUAGCCCCAUAUACUCUAGUGACGCUAUGGCCUGCUUCAGUGGGCUAUUUACUGUGGAGUGCAGGAGGAACGUUCUUUUUUUAGAUAAGGAAACCCGGAUCCUGCCCACUGCAUUGGGAGAUGUUGAGCUGCUCUAUGAUCUUGGGGCGGGGGGGGGGGGGGGGAAAUCCACCCAAGCAUUGCAGAGCCAGGAGUACAAGACAGAGCUGUAGGAACCCAGAAUAGGGACAUUCUACCAGUUCCUGGCAAAUCCAGAUCUGCUGGUGUCUGAUCCGCACCCAGCAAUGCCACAUCCUUGACCGGCAGAACUGGAGAAGGGAAGAAAGUGAUGGUUUUCAGAGGGAUUUUAGCAGCCACCUUUUGGGGAGGCUGUUGACUCUCUGAUGUUUGCAGCUAGUGAAAGAAUUAGUUGUCCAGCACUCCAGUCUUGUUGGAGUCCAGGUGACGACUGACGGGCACGACUGGAGUUCAGUGGAAAAGCUGGAGUCUGACACAAGGUGGCGCCAUGACCAAACAAACCAAGUGGUGAUAAAUUGUGUGUAGUUUCCAAGCACCGCACUGUUUGAGCCUGAAACCAUGGGAGGCUGCUCCUGUCCGGCUUGCAAGAUUCUCAGGAGCCAGCCCUCGUGACCGACACGGAUGUGAAAUGCUGAUGGAGUGGGGAAGGAGGAAAAGUCUCUCCAGGGGUCUGGGAGGUGGAUAGUGGGGCCAAAUUCUGCCUGACUUGCACCCCACUGAACUCCAUGGACGUUGGUGGAAGAGGGCAGUCAGGGCACAGUCAGACCGCUAGCCGUGUGGAUGAUGCAUAAGCUGGGAAGGAAUUGGGAUCACUCUCAUGGCUGAGGGGAUAACGGGAGUAACAAAUAGGAAAAACAUAUGGGUCACUAAAAUCAGCAGCUAGGAUUCAGAGUGUAACGGGGCUGCAGGACAUUUCCUGUUUUUCAGAGUAGGACUUCACUGUAAGCUGGUUUGGAGUUCCGAGUGUAUGUGUGUGUGUGUGUGUAUAUAUAUAUAUAUAUAUAUAUAUAUAUAUCCAGCGUUAGCAGAGUUAAUACCAAAAAAACCUUGGAAGAGAUGUAGAACCCCUCCUCUGCAGAGUCAAACCAGCCUCUGACUACUAGAGAUCAGGAUGAGAUGUAAUGUGGGGGGUCAUAUUAUCCCACAUCUGCGGGGGGUCUCCUGCACCUUCCUCCAAAGCAUCAGAUGCUGGCCAUUGUCCGAGACGCGGGGAUGUGGGUCUCCUUCAGUCUGGCAGUUCCUGUGUUCCCACUCCUGGUCAUUCCGAAUGGCUUUUAUUGUAACACGCAAUCCUCUUUUAAUGCUGUGGAUAGAAAUAAAAUGGGGAAGCUCUGAGAACCAGUCCCUUGUUUUCAGACCCAGGGCUGGGGUGGGAGACAUGUUCUGAUCUCAGUGAAAUUCAGAGCUGAGGCCUUUUCUCCAUUCGGGCUGCUUUGAUUUCUGCCACUGAGGUCGUUGCACCAGUGCAAGCAUCUAGUGCAGAAAGACCAAGCUGCGGUUUGCACUGGUGCCUCUGAUCAAUCUGGGAUAAAUUGCUCUGCUGCACGUAGCUUGGCUUGCCUACAUUAGGGAGGUUGCACUGGUGUAGCUACAUCAUCGGCUCAGAUCCCGAGGAGACAAAGGCUGUCUAAUCAGAUAUGAGUGUGGAUUGGAGUUACCUCCUCUCUGGAUUAUGAUGACAGGCGGGCCUACCUAUCCACCUCAAAGCAAAGGGUGAGCGUAAAGCACUGUGUAGUGGGAAACCCUGUUGGUUGCUUUUAGGAGGGACGAUGCUGUAGCUUACUGGCCUUAGAAAAUGUUUUUGGUCUUCCUCUUCUGCAUUGUGUCUCAUACCAUCAGCUACAUUGUUUUUUCCAGACAGAAAAUCCUCCAGCUUCUGAAAGCAUUAACACAGACUGCUACCACCAUCACAACCCCCUACAAUAGGACCUUGUCAUGGGGUGCUCCCUUAACUACCCAUUGUGCCUCACUUUCUGGCCUGCUUCCAUGGUCCCUCAGUCCCAAACCAAACAAAGGAUACAGGCAUGCAGCAGGCGGGGCUUUCCAUACAGCAUCUGAGCUCCCCCUUCCCCCCCCGAUCCUCCCAAUUACUGCCAGUUAUUCCAGUUGCAUAGUAAUUACCCCCCCUCAUAAUCUCCUAAUAGAAAAGUGGUUAACUGCUUCCGGCUGUCAGUGCUCAGGGUGGUGCUGCUAGCCCUCUGUCACAGACCUGGAAGAACACAAUUCCCCCUGCUCUCUGCUGGUUUGAAGUGCCAGGUUGCUAACACAGCUAAUUCCAAAAGGUGCCCCCGUGGCUGAAGCAGCCAUGUAGAGGAGGAGGUUUUAGGCCUGGGAUAGCUGAAAAUUCAAAGCUUCAUUUUUCUUUGUUAAACAAAAUUAGCUGUUUUACCUUCGGCUUCAUGCAAAUGGCGUGUGUGGUGCAACAGGUUUAACGUAAUAAACAAAAAAGGGAGGGGGGAGGAUAAAUGUAAUGGCUAUCAGCAGAAUUUCUCUCCGAAUCGGAAGGGGUUGUGACAUUGGAGGAGUGGCUUAGGGGUGGAGUGUUUCCUUGAUUCUUUUUUGAAUAAUUUGGCUGAAAUUUUUUAAAAUGACUAGUGGUUUUGAGGUCCCCCACUUGCCACCUCAAAGAGGCCUGAUUUCUCAGAAGUUGGGUGCUCAGCUCUUUCUGAAAAUCAGGACCUCUUUCAGAUAUCUUAGGUUGGGCACCCCAAAAUUGUGAAUAAAACCUCAGGUUUCCCUUUAUAAAAUUCCAAUAGAAACUUUGUAUGUAAGUGUAUCCUUCGUUAGUAAUUGCGCUCUGCAAUAUAUCUGUGUUUUAUUCUUCACUGAAGAUCUUUCUAUGUAUUUCUCAAGGCGAUGUCUUUUUCAGAAGCAUCUGUUUUAAACUCUUUAAUCCUUUGUUCGUAUUUGCCAAAUGGAAAAUAACAGAGUGGGGAUAAAUAUUUUUAAACCUCCAAAGUUUACCAGCAAGAGAUUUGGGGAGCAGGAUGUGGGGGAGGGAACGUGAAACUCUAAAAUAAGUCUGACACUGAAAAAGACAGUGUGGUAAAGAUCUACUUCCUUCUAGGACAUGAAAUCAGAGUGCUAGUUACAUUUUGGGAAAGCUAUUAAUAGAAACUGUUGAUAGAUUUUUAUUUUCAGUGAAUAGUGAGCUAGGAAUGCUGUGUGCAGUUGUGUUGCUGAGGGAAUGUGUGUUAAACAUCCUUGCAAAGAGGAGCCCAUUGAGUAACUUUUUUCAGUCAUUAUAUCACACCGCCAAUUAUUUGUAUUGUCACAGUGCUUUUUUUAAAAGGAAGUACUAUUUCUUAACAGUGUCCAUACAAAGCAAUGAUGUGACCGUUUAUAUACGUUUUUACAAAAAUCUAACACUGGAAACGGGCCAUUUCCCACAUGGUUUAACUUUUAUAAAUCAAGCUGUAAAGAGUUCUUUUCCUGUUAAUAAUGAACCAUAAAAUGUUUGGGAAUUGAUGGAAAUUUAUUUUAAAAAAAACAAAUAUAUAUUUUUGAAUAAUAAAAUCAUUUUUUGGCCUAAA